AUGGCCGCCGCCAUAUCGGUGCGAAUACCAGCUGGUAAACUGGGCACAGUUCGUGUUGAUCGAACUAUGGAUGUUUAUCCAGCAUCUGUAACAAAUGAUGAAAAUAAUUUUAAUACGAAUUCUUCAACAUCAUGUAUUCCAACUAUGGCUUUACAUCGUCAAUUGACGAAAACAGCUGUAACAUCAAGUCCAAAGCCAUUGAUCAUUGAUCUUAGUGAACAUCAAAUAGAACAACAUGAUGAAGAAAAUAGUUUUAUGCCAGUUACAAAAUGGACUGACAAUACAAAUGGUAAUAAUAAUAAUAAUAAUAACAAUAAUAACAAUAAUAAUGUUCUCGAUGAUGAACAAGUAUCUGAUAUCGCAGUUAUUUAUUCCUUAGUUCGAAAUACAUCAACUCGUGAAGCAUUAUCACCAAAAAUAAUCGUUUCACCAACAUCACCAACUAUUAUUAAAAAUACUUCACGUUCACAUACAACGAAAAAUUAUACAUUAGAAGCUCCAUUAACGCCCGUUGUAACUCAUACUUCAAAACAAGCACAAAUCAAAUCAUUAUCAUCCGCACGUACAAAUAAUACUUCAAUUCCAAUAGUAGCAGCUCCAGAUUCAUUAGAAUCAUCUAUAAAUACAAAUAUAACUCCACCAAGUCCACCAUCAGUACGUAUACAAACAUCAACUUCGUUUACAUCACAUGAUCGACCAUCAGUACCAUCAGUUGCAAUAAAACCUCGUCCAUAUUCAUUUCGAAGUGCAAUUAAUCCAGGAAAUGAAAUAUCAACAAAUCAAACAAAUAAUAAAUCGAAUCAUUCUACUUCUCAAUCAGUACGUUCACGUCGUUCAUUUCGAGUACCCCCCCGUAAUGUUAUCGAACGACAAAUAUCGAAUUUAACCGGACGUGUAUCACAAUUACAUGAUUCAUUUCUUGCUCGUCUAUCAGAUUUCACAUCGAGUACAAGUAGUCGUCAUCGAAAUCGUUCCUUAACAUCUUUACAUACACAUUCAGUUAAUAUCAUUAAUCCAAAUGAAACUGAACUACAUUCAACACAAAAUUCAUCUAAUAUACGUCAUCAACGACGUACAAUGAAACCACGACCGAAAUCGGAAACUUAUGAGGAUCAUCAUCGUGUCAAUGCAGCGGGUUCAUAUGCUCAGUUGACUCUUCUUGGUCAACCAAAACUAAAUUCAAUAUCAACACAAAAAUUAAUUCCAAAUGAUAAUCAAAAUGGUCGAGUACCAUUUCGAACAAAUAGUCAAACAGGUUCUAUUCCGGAACGAUCGAAUAGUACAAUAAGUUCACAUUCAUUACAAGCUACAUUUGAUACAAAAAAAGCAAAAGAAAAUUAUGAACGAAUUUCUAAACAACUUGAAAAAUCAAAAGCAGAUCUUGAUCGACAAAGAGCAAAAGGUCCAAGUCAUAAUCCAACAAAAGUUGCAUUUAUUGAAAAUCAAAUUCGACAAUAUGAACAACAAUUAAAUGAAAUAAGACGACGUUUAGAUUUAAUUGAAUCAUCGGUUGAUGUUUCAUCUGUUAAACCAAGUUUCAGUGCUGAAAAUCUUGGUAAUCAACCAUCUUCCUUUAUUGAAUCAUCAUCAUCAUCAACUCGUACAUCAACUAAUUCAUUUAAUCCUAAUCCCCCGCAUAUAUUUCUACAGCGAUCUGAUCGUACUAGUGGUCACAAAAAACAAAAUUCAUUACCUGAAUCAGCCGUUCUACAAAUAAUAAAUGUAGCUGUUCCUACAGCUCCACCACCGGCAGCAGUUAGUUCACCAUUACAGCAAAUUAAACGUAGAUUACAUCCUGGGAGAUCUGAGACUUAUGAACUCUCAAAGUAUGGAGAUCCAUUAAAUACAAUUCUUCCAACGGAUGAUCGAAAUACGUUUCGAGAUACAUUUGAUAAUGAUGAUGAAUUUAAUGAAUUACCAUCAAAAACAUCUAUAUCAUCAUUUGACGAUAUACAACAAUUUAUUAAUGUAUCUAAUUGGGCACCAUUAACUGUUUUUCUUAGUUUCCUUCUUAAUGACCCAAACAGUGAUUCAAAUUGCUUGUUAUUCUAUUUUCUAACGGAAGAAUUACGUGUAAGAAAAGCAGAAAGUCGAACCGAAUUAAUUCGAUGGAUAUUUGAAAUUCAUUCCACAUUCACUAUGAAUGGCAGCCCCUUGUACAUUGGCCUUCCACAAUUACAAAUCGAUUCAAUAAAUCGUUAUCUAGAAACUCAAUCACAAGAUAUCAAUGAUGAUAUUAAAUUAAUUUUCAAUGAUGCUAAAGAUUUUGCACGAUCAGUUAUAAUCGAUCGACAAUUACCUGAUUUUAAUCAUAAACGAACAACUGGUCACUAUCGUGAUGUUGAUUUUUCUUCGAUUUCAAAACAAAAUCAUUUUAUUGAAGAAACACUUCGAUCAAAAUUUGAAUCGUAUUAUAAAUCAAAUAUUGAUGAUUGGAACAGUAUGAAAAAUUCUAAAGAUCUUGCGUUAAUAUGUUCAUUAGCAACAUAUUUAAAACGUUGUGAUAUUAAAAAAUGUGGGAACAUUCCAUUGGAAAAAAUUCCGAAAUUUCUCGAUCGAGAACAAAAACGUUUAUUAUCAAAAUUACCACGAGCAACAACAACUAAACGGAUUAAAGAUCAUCAAUUAAAUGAACAUCAAUUUAUUUAUCAAACUUUAUGUCAAGUUUGUUCAAAACCAUUAUGGGGUAUUAAUUAUCAAGGUUAUUUAUGUGGAUAUUGUCAACAAGCAUUUCAUCGUGAAUGUGCAUUAAAUAGUGAAAAAUGUUUAAAAGAUCGAAAAACAUACAGUAUUACAAAUCCUGUUCUAAGUAAACCACGAAAACUCGCAAAAAAUCCUUCAAGUCCAACAAGAACUGUAAGUUUGAAUGAUGAACGUCCAGAAACUAUUCCAAAUGAUGUUUAUGAAAAUAUGUCAACUAUAAAUGAAAGCAAUGAUAUGUCCAAUGGAAAUUCAUUAUCUGCGCAAGAACAGAAUAAAAAUUCAACUUUGGGGCGACGUUUUAGCGAUCGACAACCACAACCAAAUCGGCCUACAUCUAAACAUCGUUCGAGCAGUGAAAGCGACGAUAGUGAUGAGGGUAAUCCACAAAUGGGUGGAAAUACAAUUGAAGAAAUUCUUAGUCGUGCUGAAAGUGAAACAAUGAAUCAACAACAAGAUUCAACAAAUCAAAAAAUGACAAAUGAUUUCAUUUCAAAUUCUGAUAUAAUUAAUCAACAAUCAACAAUAACUGAUGGUGACAGUGAUCUUGAAGCUGAUGUGAAUACAUUACCAAAUUUAAGUGAUUUUAUUCCAAAUGAUGUUCUUCAAGCACUUUAUCAAUCACGUGAAUGGAAAUUACAGACAACAAUCAAUGAAUUAAUUCAUACGGAACGUACACAUUUAAAAGGUUUAAAAAUAAUGAAAAAAUGUUUUCGUGAACCAAUGGAACGUUUUCAAGGAAUGAGUCCGGUUGAACUUGAUUGUAUAUUUCGAAAUCUUGAUCAACUUAUUAAUUUACAUACUCAAUUUAAAUAUGCACUUCGUCAACAUCGUGAAGAUGCAAAAGAUCAUGUUGUUCGUCAUAUUGGUGAUUUAAUUCUCAAAUUUCUCGAUGGUGAUAAAGGUGAACAAUUUGCUCGUGCAUGUGCUUAUUUUAUUGAAGAUCAAUCGCAAGCAUUGAAAUUAAUCAAGAAAAAAGAACAAUCAUCAGAUUUUGCAGCAGUUAUGCGAAACUGUGAAUCAAAUCCAUUAUGUCGUCGUUUAACAUUAAAAGAUUAUUUACCAUCUGUAAUGACACGUUUUACAAAAUUAAAAAUGUUAUGUGAAGCAAUGAAAAAAUUUGUUUCGGAUGAUGAAAUUGAAAGUGAAAAAUUAAGUAAAUGUGUUGAAUGUGCUGAUAGUAUAUUAAAACGUAUGAAUUAUGCACGUUUAAAAAAAGAACAAGAAGCGUUAUUAAAACAAAUUAAAUCAAAUCUUGAUAUACAAAUACCAAAUGAUGAUAAAUCAAUUAAUUUACAAAAUCUUCAAGAUUGUCUUGAAGUUACAAAUAAUCGUUUGAUUUAUUCUGGUACAUUAAAAUUAUUACCAGAUAUAACAACACAAAAAACAGAAUUUGAAUGUUGUCUUUUUACGGAUAUAUUUGUUUUUUUUCAAAAAAUACCAUUGCAAUUAUCCGAACAACGUGGAAUUGAAGAAACAUAUCGUUACGUAUUAAAAGAACAUCAACGUGAUGCAAAUAGUGGACGUCAUACGCGACCAAGAACAGCCGUACCAGGAACACGAUAUACAGCAGCACAAAAUUUUAUUUUAACACCGGUUAUUCGUCUCGAUCAUUUAUUAAUUAAAAAGAAAGCUUGCGGAGGUGCUCGUUCAUUCUAUGUCAUUGAUACAGAUAAAAAACAAUUGAUUGAAGUUGAAGCUAAUUCCAAAGAUGAUCUUGAAAAAUGGUUAGAAUGGAUUGAAAAAGCUCGAAAACCAUUUGAAAAACCUAAAUUAUCUUCUAUUUCUUCAUCGAAUGAAAAAACUCUAAAUCCAUCUAUUUCUUCUCAAUCAAUAACAUCAACAACAUCAUCAACAAUAACACCACGAUCUGCAAUUAUUGAAGAACAAGCAAAUAUUCAAUUAGUUGCACCUAAUCAAGUUAAAAUAAUUGAUAAACAAACAUUAAUUGAAGAUACACCUGAAUCAUUAUUAAAUGCCAUUCUUGAGAAGGAUAAGGAACUGAAACGUUUAUUACAUGAAAAAGAAUUGCUCCUUUCACGUCUUCUCAACAUUCCUCAAGAUCAAAUUAAAGAUAUACCAGGAAAUAUUGCAAUAACACAACCAACUAAAUCAAUAUCAUCAUUAGAAGCAAUUACAAAUGCAGCUAGUUGUCAUAAUCAAUUAAUACAAACAAUAAGUCAAACACAAAAUCGAGCAGCAAAAGAUAAAAAAACAUCCACAAUUGAAGUUCAAUCAUUAUGGACACCAUUAACACAACUUGGUGAACAACUUACUCUAGCUUUGAAAUUAUCAAAUAAUCAAAAACAAGAAGGUCUUUCAGUGCGUGAUUAUCGUUCAUCAAAUUUUGAUCAUUUAAAUCCACUAUUAAGACGAAAUAGUAGUAGUUCAAGUAGUGCAUUAACAAUAACACCAUCCAUUCUUAGUAAUCUAUCACAACCAUAUUCAGAUUUAAAAGAUUCAUUAUCAAUGUCAUCACUUCAUUCAUCUGAAUCACUUGGUUCAGUAGCUAUUCCAUUACAACAACAACAACAACAACCACUACCACCACAAACAUUUACUGAUUUAAUUCAUUUUGAAUCUCGUUCACCAACAUCAAAUGAACAACAAUUAUCAUCGAUAACUGAUUUAGAUGAAACUAUUAAAUCAUUACCAUCAACAUCUAAACCACAACAAUUACAUAUGGCAACAGAAGUUGUUGAACGUUAUGAUGAAGGUGUUUUUGAUGAUGGUACAACAAGUCAAACAGAAGAAGAUGAAAAUAAUAGUGCUGUUAUGGCUGAUAGUGAUGAUGAAGAUGAAAUUGAACAUUUUGAUUCAACUGAUAGUAUAAAUACUGCUGUUGAAAAUGCUCAACAACAUUCAAAUAGUUAUUUAAUGCAAAUAAAUAAUAUUCAAACAAAUUUAGAUAAUUCAAAUAAUGCAUCAACAGAAGCUCAAACAGUUAAUCUAGACAUGUUUGAAGAAGAAGUUUAUGACAAUGUUAAAUCCAAUAAUUCAUCAAUAACAAAUGAUAAUGAUAAGAAUAUAUUACGUAAUACAACAAGCGAUGCAUGA